UUGGCCCAUCUUCGUAAUCGAAUAACUUCGUUCUCACUCAGCUGACCCAGGAAAGAAACGAGUUUGUGUAACGUUAACUUCGCAGGAAAUAUAAAGCUGCGUAUUGUCAACCUCAUAAUGUCAUUUAUUUGAAUGCAGUCACCGGAAUAUGUCAACCAAUGGACCCCUCUACAGCAACCACGGAGCAGAUGCAGAACGAGUGUGAACCAGAGUCAAGUUCAAUCUGGAGCUGGUGGCCUUCCUGGCGUCCGACCUCGAUGUCUCUUUUAAAGACAACAGAGUCAAAGAUUCUUGCUUGUAUUCAGAAUGAGCUAUGGGCGAGGUUUGUCACCCUUCCAAACCAGGAUCGAAUAUGGACUCUGACUCUUACCAAGAAGGCACAACCAGCCCCAAAGACCCCACUGGUGAUGGUCCACGGCUUUGGAGGAGGGGUAGGCCUGUGGAUCCGGAACAUGGACACGCUGAGUCGGUCGCGGCCGGUCUACGCCUUUGACCUCCUGGGUUUCGGCAGGAGCUCAAGGCCUCCCUUCCCCUCAGACGCCGCCAAGGCAGAGGAGCAGUUUGUCGACUCCAUUGAGCAGUGGAGACAGUCCGUAGGCCUGGAGAACAUGAUUCUGCUGGGACACAGUCUUGGCGGGUACCUGGCUGCCUCCUAUGCCAUCCAACACCCUUCUAGAGUGUCACACCUUGUCCUGGUGGAUCCAUGGGGUUUUCCUGAGCAACCCCAGGCACAGACCCUAGAGACCCAAGAUCAGGGGACGGAGGUGUUUAAGCGGCCGCCUCUGCCACGCUGGGUGAAGGCGAUUGCCGCGGUGGUUUCCCUCUUCAACCCGCUGGCCGUCAUCAGGGCCGCGGGGCCGUGGGGUCCGGGCUUGGUGAACAGAUUCCGGCCCGAUUUCAAAAGGAAGUUUGAAGAUCUGUUUGAGGAUGACACCAUGACGCAGUACAUCUACCACUGUAAUGCACAAACCCCGAGCGGCGAGGUGGGUUUCCGGGCCAUGGCGGAGUCUCUGGGCUGGGCCAAGAGGCCUAUGCUGCAGCGGGUUCACCAGCUGCCCCCCUCCAUGCCCCUCACCAUGCUGUACGGAGCUCGAUCCUGGGUGGACAGCUCGUCUGGGCAGAGCGUGGUCCAGAUUAGGAGCCAGUCCCUCACCAAAGUCAUCCUGAUAGACGACGCAUCCCACCACGUGUAUGCUGAUCAGCCAGAGGAGUUCAACAAAGUGGUGGAAAAUAUAUGCAACUCUGUUAACUGAGAGUGUGUUUGUGCGUGUGUGUGUGUGUGUGUGUGUGUCUUGAACGUGUAUGAAAAGACAAUUCAUGAUGGUGUAACCACUACAACCAGUGUGUGGUGAGACUAUUGGGGCAUAUCAAGACAGCCAGUAGCCCAACAUGAUUUUGAAUGUUUCUUCUUCCCAGUCAUGUUACCAUAGGAACAAGUUGUUGAUCUUAUUGUUGCCAAGUUUUACAUAUUGUAAGGAAAUUGUUUAUUUAUAACAUGAUUGAUUUGGUUUGUUAAUGUUGUUAUACAGAGUAACAAUUGUACUUGAGCGCUGUUAUGUUGUCCAUUGUUAUAUUUUUCACACACACCCUACUCUGGAUGCACUGGGUUUAUGUGUGACAGAGCAGCAACAUUGCUGCCGACACGCUUUUUUUAUGUGCCUAACAGUCAGUACUCUAUCAGAUAUUUUGGUUUUAAUCCCUGCUUUCUUCCUAUAUAUUUCCCACCGAAUCAAGCCGCUCAUUGGAUUUUAUAUCUUGAAACAAUAAAAGCUUAUUUCACAAACUGCUGCUGUGCAAAUCCACAUGUGAAGCACUAUGUGGUCCAACCAGUAGAGAUCAGUAACAAGUCCAAUCAAGUUA